AUGGCGGACACGGGAGCGAGGGAGCCAGAGCCGGUGACGCCGCCGCCGGCGCAGCAGCAGGAGCAGCAGGCGGAGGAGACCCAGGCGGUGGACGAUCGGCGGCUGUUGCGCUCGCAGUACCUCGCCGUGAAGGGCCUUAUCAGCGAUGAGAAGGAUGAAAUGGCGAGCGUGGACUCUGAUAAGUUCUGCUCCAUCAUCAACAAGGUGGAGAGCCUGCACCAGCAUGUUCAGAGGCCCAGGGAACAAAUAGCUGACGCAGAAACCCUGCUGGACCUUACCGCUAGUUUGGUAGCAUCAGUAAGGUCCCAAUCAGUUCUGGGAAUCACACCUUCUGAUUUUAUUGCUGCGCUGCUGAAGAAAUUUGGAAAGAAAGGAGGUCCCAAUGGUGAGAAUGUUUCGUUGGACUGGGCCCGUCUUGGGCUUGCUACCUCGCAUGUUUUCAUGAAGGCAUCUGGAUGUGCCACCAUGGUUGGUCCCAUGAAGACAGAAGUGAAGCCACGAAGAGUUUGUAUUAGGAAAAAGAGGACUGCAAGGCCACGUGGAAGCGCUUGCCCUGAACAGCUUGCUGAUCCAUCUGAGAAAACAAAGUCUGAUACUGACAAGAAUAUGUCUGCUAUAUUUGAUCUUCUGAGGAGGAAGAAAAAUGCAAGGCUGGAACACCUUAUUUUAAACAGGACAUCAUUUGCCCAAACAGUGGAGAACAUAUUUGCCUUGUCAUUCCUUGUGAAAGAUGGAAGAGUUCAAAUCAAAGUGAAUGAUGAGGGACAUCAUUUUGUCUAUCCAAGGAAUGCACCUGCAGCUAGUGCUGUUGCCUCAGGAGAUGUGGUCUAUAGCCACUUUGUCUUCCGAUUUGAUUUCAAAGACUGGAAGCUCAUGAAAGGGGUCGUUCCAGAGGGGGAAGAGCUUAUGCCACACAGGUCCUCUGAGACCAUAGCCAACACAGGAGUAAAUCAUACUGAGGCUGAGGUGCCCUUGGCCACACCAAGCACAACGAUCAGGAAACUCUGCAGGAACCGGGGCCUGGUCUCGCAAGAUGAGAUGAUUGCGACAGGCGCACAAGGAGUCAUGGAAAAUGAGAUGCUAGCCAUGGGUGCUAACGAAGCCAUGGAAGAUGAGAUGGUAGCUGCCAUGGGUGCGACGGAAGCUGUGGGAGACAAGAUGGUGGCAAGAGGAGCAAAGGAAGUCAUGGGAGACAAGAUGGUAAAGGAGCGGAAGGACAUGAACCUGACGUACAAGCGCAGGCGUCUGUUCCAGGACGUCUGA